AUGAAGAGUUACUCAUUGCGUAUAAUUCCGAAGGUCAACGUUUUCUUUUUCAGAGACUUUCUACUAUAUCUAUUGGAAGGAAAACCUGUACGUGUCAAACAAAUUUACGCAAUAAAUGCGCCCCAUUUUUAUGAUAAACUAUAUACACUGGUCAAACCUGUUUUGCCUGCAGAUAUUUGUAAUAUGAUAAAAUUUUUGCCGGACUGCGAGAGCCUACAUAAAUGGAUAGAUAAAAAAUAUUUGCCAAUUGAGUAUGGAGGUGAAGCUCCUAGUAUGGAGAAACAGCAUGGAGACUGGGUCAGCCAAAUUCAAGCGGAAAGAGAUAUGUUCCUAAACGACAAUAUGUGGAAAGCAGAUUUAAAGAAAAAACCAAAGACAAAUGAAUCGAAUUCAAUGAAUGGAUCCUUCAAAACAUUGUGUAUAGAUUAA